AACCCUCUGCCUAUAUAAACCCUACUAACACUGCAAUUUUGAUUCACUUGUAGCUCUCCUCCGCCUUCCCCUUCACUUCCUCCACCACCCCACCAUCGUUUUUUCGCCUUCUCCGGUUCGGUCCGUAUCUGGGUUUUUGAUUGUGCACCAGAUGUCUGUUGGCUCCAGCAAGAAGCAUCAUUUCUUUGUUUGGAGUGCAUUCCUUUUCAUGAAUCGCAGAAGGUUGUGGUGCUCAGGGAAGAUAUUGUUUCGGCAUUGGACUUGACAGCUGUUGAGAUUUUUAUUGUUUUAGGGGUGGGUUUGGAGGCUCUGGUGUUUUGUGCAGAUAGCUCUUUUAGUCUAGAUUUCACCUGCGUGUCCUUUUGGGCUGCUUUGAAUUUAGUUCUCUUUUUUUUGGAUCAUUUCAAUGGCUAGGCUUCCGCCUGGGUUUCGUUUUCACCCUACUGAUGUUGAGCUGAUUAUGUACUAUCUCAAACGAAAGAUCACGGGAAAAAAACUUCAUUUUGAAGGCAUAACAGAACUAAACAUCUACAAGUUCUCCCCAUGGGACCUUCCAGACAAAUGUUGCUAUAAAAGUAAAGAUCUAGAGUGGUACUUCUAUUGCCCAAGGGAGAGAAAGUAUGCAAGUGGAGGCAGAAUGAAUCGCGCUACUGAUACUGGAUACUGGAAAACUACUGGGAAAGAUAGGCCUGUUACUUACGAUGAAAAGAUUGUUGGAUCAGUUAAAACACUUGUUUUUCACCUAGGUCAUCCCCCGCAAGGGAAGAGAACUGAUUGGGUAAUUCACGAAUACAAGUUUGAAGAUAAAGAAUCAAUUGAUGCAGGAUUUGCUCAGGAUUCAUAUGUGCUUUGUAAAGUAUUCCAGAAGAGUGGGCCAGGUCCAAAAAAUGGUGCACAGUACGGAGCACCUUUUAAGGAGGAAGAUUGGGAAGAUGACAAGAUUCCUGCUGAACCUUGUACUUCAGAUGUUUUUCCAGCUCCACCUGGUAGGCCUGAUAAACCCAGCGACUCAAAUGCAACCAGAGUGGUUGGCCCAGGAAGCACAUCUGUCUGGCCUUCAAGUGAACUGAGUCCAUCUCCUAUUCAGCCUUCUGUUCAAGAACUGCCUUUGGAUGAACCAGAUGAUGAGGAGUUACCUAGUGAACCGAAGCUGUCCAAUGUAUCUUCUAUCAAUUGGAUGCCUUCAGAUCAGCUAAAAGCGAUAUCGUCCAAUAUUUUUUCUGCUCUGCCUAUACUGCCUAAGAAACAGAGUUGUUCAGUAGAUACCAGCCUGGUCAACCCUGGUCCAGGUCCAUCUAAUGAUCAGAUGUGUACUAAUGAGAUGGCUCUUGAUGAGCUAGAUGACGAGAUGAUUGGUCUAUUUACCCAAUUCACAGAAGAUACUUCCUUGCUUUCUGGUGGUAAUGAGACUAAUCAGAAGCUAGAGAACUUUCACCAAGAUGUAAAUGCUCCACCUACUGCUUUUACUGAUGGGAAUGAUAUAUUUGACGGCCUUGGAGACAUCGAAUUCUGGGCAAGAGUAGGGCAGCUGGAACCUGAUCUCACUGCAAGUAGUGGAGCUAAUUAUAGUCUUAACCCCGUGAUCCUGCCACAAGAAGCUCCACAAGACGCUGCCUAUAUGGAGCUCAAUGAUCUUGAUAUCCCUUUAAAUCACCCUGCUGAAACCAUUGGAACUGGACAAUUGGUGCCGGGCCAUUUCUGUAUGCCAUAUAACUCCGAUAUUGGCAUGCAGCAGCUUUGUUUUGGAAGCAAUUCCUUGGGCAUAGUUCAAGAUAUUGGCGAACAUCAUCUCCCGAUGCUCCCUGAAAGUUACACUCAACAAGUGAAUCAUCCUGACAUGGCUUACAAUUUUCAGAAUAACGCAGAUCAGGGUUAUAAUGCUGCGACUAAUUUCAGUGUUAGCUCUUACAAGCAACCAGAGGAGAGUCGACUCGAUACCCAAAACCUGGAAAGAGGUAGAUCUCAUUUUUCUGAUGACAAUUCUGCUUGGUGGUAAAGCAUUCAUGUUAGAUCUGAUUGUCUACACAAAUGCGAUUGUGGACAACAAAAAUGAGAUAUAGGAUAUAAAUAUUGUGACUGGUCGUCAGACCAUGUAAUCUUAUGUAGCCAUGUGGCCUGUCUUGGCUGUUAGAGGGUAGGGGAAAAGAUUCCUUUUCUCUGUAUUUUCUAUUUUAGGUGAUUUGAUCUUCUUACAAUGUAGACACUGUGCAGCAUCUAUGACGAGGUUACAUAAACCUCUAAUUUAUGGUCAGUGGGGCUGCAGGUACUCGCUGCAGUCUUUGAUG